AUGUUCUCAGGAGGAUCCCGAGGGGACGUUUCUGUGAAGUCAGAGCCUUGCGAUCAGGGCUACGAGUCUGACAGGCAGCAGUGGCAGCAGGCCGUAAAGAUGUGGGGCAUAUCCAUCCAGAAAGUGGAGAACGUCACAGCAGAUCACCCGACCGUCAUUCCAAUGGGGGAGGAGAGCCACAUGUGCCGCAAAUGUGGGCAGACAUUUGAACACCAGUCGGGACUUAUCGUACACCAAAUGAUACAUACGGCAGAGAGGCCCUACGAGUGUCUCGAGUGCGGGAAGAGCUUCUGCCAGAGGGAGAACCUGCUUGCACACCAGAGAAUCCACUUGGGAGUGAGGCCUUACGAAUGCCUCCAGUGCGGGAAACACUUCAGCACUAGGUCCCACCUCAUUACCCACCAGAGAAUCCACACAGGUGAAAAGCCCUACGGCUGCCUCCACUGUGCGAAAAGCUUCAGCAACAAGUCAUCUCUCGUCACCCACCAGAGGAUCCAUACGGGAGAGAAGCCCUACGAAUGCCCUGAAUGUGGGAAAAGCUUUUGCCAGAGUGGCCAACUGAUCAGGCACCAAAGAAUCCACACGGGGGAGAAGCCCUAUGCCUGCCCACAGUGCGGGAAAAGUUUCUGCCAGAGGGGACAGCUGAUCAGGCACCAGAGGAUGCACACAGGGGAGAAACCUUACGAAUGCCUCCAGUGCGGGAAGAACUUCAGCCGGAAAUCAUACCUUGACAUCCAUCUCCGCAUGCACACCGGGGAGAAGCCAUACGGGUGCCUGGAGUGUGGGAAGAAUUUCUGCCAGAGUGCCCAGUUGAUCCGGCAUCAAAGAAUCCACACAGGGGAAAAGCCUUUUCAGUGCUCUGAGUGCGGGAAAAGCUUCUUCCAGAAGGAAAAGUUGGUAAGACAUCAGAGGACCCAUGUGGAAGCUAAACCAUAUGAGUGCUCUGUGUGUCAGAAAACCUUUGUGCGGCAAGAUAAACUCUUUAAUCACCAGAAAACUCAUACAGGGCUCGAAAUGUUAUGA